UGUGCCACACAGGGCUUCUGGGCUCUGAGCAGAGUCCUGCGCGGGGCUGUGCGUGCGGCGGGACGCGGACCGGGAGGCUGGCUGCCCGCGGGCGAGCCGCGCUGGGAGGCCGAGGCCGGGGUCGGGGCCGGGGAGCCCCGCGAGCCGCCACAGCGGGGUCCCGGGGACGCGGAGGGACCAUGGCUGCUGGCGGCAUCGCCACGCUUCCCGCACUGACCGAGGACGGCGGCGCCGCCUUCCCGCCCGGCCACUUCAAGGACCCCAAGCGUCUCUACUGCAAGAACGGCGGCUUCUUCCUGCGCAUCCACCCCGACGGCCGUGUGGACGGCGUCCGCGAGAAGAGCGACCCACACGUCAAACUACAACUGCAAGCAGAAGAGAGAGGGGUCGUGUCUAUCAAGGGCGUGUGUGCCAACCGGUACCUUGCUAUGAAGGAGGAUGGACGGCUGCUGGCUUCUAAGUGUGUUACAGAAGAAUGUUUCUUUUUUGAACGCUUGGAAUCUAACAACUACAAUACUUACCGGUCCAGGAAGUACUCCAGUUGGUAUGUGGCACUGAAACGGACUGGGCAGUACAAACUCGGAUCCAAAACGGGGCCUGGGCAGAAGGCCGUACUGUUUCUUCCCAUGUCUGCUACGAGCUGACUCGCUUCAGAAUCGUUAAUGAGAGAAAAGAACGCACACAGCUAAGUCUGGACACCUGGUUUGAUCGCUCAUUAUGUAACAAGACACUUAACCAUUACCUCAGUAAAGAAAAACAGCAAGUUUUGGAAAAAAAAAUUAAGACUUCCCCCUUUUAUAGUAUAGAGCUUUGGUUGUGACCCGGUGAUGAUUAGAGCCACAAUCUUUUUCAUCUAUUUUCUUUAUUUGAAAAGAGGAUUUAAAAAUAUGUACAUUCGUAGAUUCCCAUCAUGGAAACCACACAAGCGAGAAAGCUGGCGCCAGGUAUUAACGGCAGAUGAUGGCCGUCUUUGGUUCACUCCCGUGUCUGCGUUCAGUCCACUCCCGUUGUGGCUCUGUAACUCUCGGGCAGUCCCCUGUGAUAGAGUUUGUAGAACAGGCCUGUGUACACUGACGGGAGUUCCUCCAUACUGAGGUCAAUUUUGUCAAACCCUUCCCUGUGUCCAUAAAGCAAAAGCCUAGCUACCCUGCUGGUGAUGGGGGUCGUGUUUUCAGUCCUGGCAAGCUUUUCUAGAUCCAUCCAUUCACACUUCAAGCAUUCCUGCUGGCAGAAGUUGAUAGUGAAGGAACAUGGGUGCAGGCGGCAGAUCAGGUACAUGUCUGACUUCCCAAAGGCUCCAGGGUUCCUGUGUUGCUGCCGGAUGCUCAGCAGGGACCUGAAUUCUGACUUCACACCAGUCUCUUCGAAAACCUCUCGGACUGCUGUGUCACCUAUGUGAAAGAGAGAAACAAACACAGAGAUUUCGUUCUUAGAGAUGCCAUCAAAGGUUUCCAGAUGCAAUCUGGAAGUUAAACAGCAAAGCUCUGUCUUCAAACUGCUUUCUGGAUGUUGUGCAGUGCACUUUGUAUUUAAGAUGCUUUUGAGACACUGAAGGUCUCCUUGGAGGCCAUGCAUGUGUCCCGUGUGGGAGCCACAUCUUCUUAACCUCUUUCUGCUCUAUUUCCCAAAAGAACACAUUUGCAAACAAAGCUGCACUAACAUUCUGAUCAAUCCUUCCUUCCCCUUUAUCCUGCCCCAAACAUCCAUCAAACUGCCUGAGUUUAUGAACAUUAAACUGAGGGAAAGUAUCCAUCCUUUGUUACAGAAGGCUGUAGUGCUGAACAUACUUGAGUUAGCUGUGAAAUGACUCUGACUUCUUUGUGAUCUCAAACCUCACAGGACAAAGUCUUUCACCAUGGCUAUACCCACUCCUAGCCAGCUGCUGGUGGAUCCCACCGUGGUUAUGCUCCCACCCCCACCCCUGGUGGAUCCUAGCCUGAUUUGAAAACUGCUUUUACUUGAGAUCAGAUUGUGUAGAACUUGGGAUUCAUUCCUUCAACAUAAAAAUACAGUAGCUGUUUCAGCAAACAUUUUCAUAAGGCUGGAAAUGCAUAUAGUUUUAUAAUGUAACAAGGUUUUUCACAUUUUUGUAAGUAUUUUUAAUUAAAUACAAAUUUCCAUGGCAAGACUUUCAUCACCAUUAACAUUGCAUUUAUGUCCAGUUUUUCUAAACACUGAUGAAGAAUGCCUGAAUGGACUUCACUAGUUCUGAUGCUCUAUAGCUGCCUGCCUUGAUCGCUUUUCUGGUCAUCUUUAGAAUUGUUAUAGGUUGUUUAAUGCCUUUAAUGCCUCUCUGGCUGUUGGCCAAAUAGCACCUAAGUUUGCCUUGCCAGUAAUUCUACUGAUAACACCUAUGCAUUGAAGAGCUAUCAAAAGUACACAGUUCCAUACACUGUCUCUCCUGCCCCACUGGACACAAACCAGCCCCUAAGACAUGCUCUUGUUUCUAAGAAACAGUUCUGGAAAAGUUCACAGGAACAGUAAAUUGGUCAAAAACACAUGACAUCUAUCUAUCAUUCUUUAAGUGUAUGCUGACUUCCCUUGUGGCUGAGAUUUGUUCAUAGGUUAAUGAGCAUGGCCAGAAAUUACAUUUCAAAACUGAAAGCACCAAGACAAGACAUACAGCUCACCAUGUCGAUGCCUGCCUCAGCAUGCUGGGUUCAGUUCCUAGUUCCACAUAAUGAGGGAGGGAACAGGGGCAUCAAAGAACAUUAUAGGCUCACAAAGUUUCUCUAGUAAGAAAAUAGUUUUCAUCUUGCAUACAAUACAUUAUUAAAGUUAUUAAAAAUUGUGGCACUAGUCUUCAACGUUUAUAUAGUGGCCUCUGACUCUUGUGUGUGUAUAUAUAUAUAUGUGUAUAUAUAUGUAUAUAUAUGUAUGUAUGUAUACCACACACACACACACACACACACACACACACACACACACACACACAUAAACACUUUUCCCAUGCUCUGGAAAAUAACCUUGGGGAUCCUGCUCAGUUCUUAGCACCACUAGUCUGACCAGCUGUCUGUAAGUCACGGAAACAGGCCAGGGUAAACAAGAGUGAGUGUCCUACUUAGCAGUCAUUAUAGUGGUGGUGACAGGAUGAACACUGCCUGGCUAGCCGGGAUAGUUUAACAAAUCAGUGCAUCACCCACUAGCUAAAAGCAGGAAAUGCAAGCCAGUGCUUUUGUUUCUAAAGUGUGGGACAUCCUCCCCUUCCACUUCAAAUUUAAAUUUAUCAAGAUAAACUGCUGUUUCUUUCCAAUUAUUUUAACAGACUUUAACCCAGCUGAAAUAACAAUUUCUGUGUGUGAAGAAUCUAGAAGCUCAGUUUUGCUGCUGAAGAGGUAUGCUGAACGUCAGGCUGGAUUACUGAACAGUAGGACAGUAUGAGGUUCCACGUUCCUUCUGUUUUGUAGGAUGUCAUGGUAGGAUGCCAUGAGAUGGAAUAAAGGGAUGGGAGACGUUCAGCAUGUGGGUUUCCUUGAGCUCUCUCUGGCACUGUUCAACAUCCCUGGUUAGCUGAAGCAAGAUAUGGUUUUUACUGAGAGUAAUGUCAUAUAGUAGGAAGGCAUUUUGUUCCUUUGGAUCAUACAAGACACCUUUAGGCUCAAGCCUUAAGGACUUCAAUUUAUUUUGCAUUUUCAAAACUUAAUUUCUUACAACUCUCAGCAUAUCAAUGUUUAACCUACCUUGCACUAUCAGAGAUGAAAGAUUCCAAAAAAAAUGAGCUUUUGAAUUCACUAGUAUUUAUUUACUGGUAUUUAAUAACAGGCUAAUUAACAGCCAGUAAAUGUCAAACUGUUCAGGAUGGCAACAUUCCAAAAGUGUAUUUCGUGCUUUCCCAAACAAAGGUUUCAAGAAUAUAAUUUCCAGGUGGUCUAAACAAUCUGGCUUCCUCAUGAGAGUACUUUUGUUUUGUACUGGCUAUCAACAGAAACAGGUUGUAGAGGAUCAGGUUCUAAAGCUAAUGGUGAAUGCCAUUGUCUGCUUUUUAGUUCAGAUAAGUUAUUUUGAUAACCACAGAUACUAAAAAAAACAAAAAAAACAAAAACUAGAAGUACAUUUAAAAUGAUGUAGACUUAAAGGAAAGAUGGUGGAAUUAUACCUAAAACUGAAUUUAUAUACACUUUGCUUGAAAAUGUGUUUUUUCAUUUACAUCCAAGUGUGUCUGAAAUUCUUAGGAUUUACUGAAGUUCUAAAGGAAAAAACCCCAUCUCCAUUCAUUUGAAAAGGUAUGUCUCAGGAAGGAAAGGCACAUGGGGCUUCAGAUGGCUUCCCCUCAGAGGAGGGAGAGAAGGCUAGACCUGAAUUACCUUGUUCACAUGCCCUCACACACCACAUAGUUAAUAGGAGAACAUUAAGAAGGUGGCCUCUACUCUCAGUAUUUGGCACCCCUACUAAAUACAGAUGUCCCUGAAGACAUGGUCUAAGUAGCACGGAGUAGCCGAAAACACCAUCCUCUUGCCUCGGCUUCCUUAGUACUGGGGUAAAUAGGCAUGUGAUAUCACACCAAGGUCCCCAGAGUACACACUGACAACAGACCACCCCCUAUCCUGAGAACUAAGCAAACAAUCAGUGAGAACAUAACCCAAGGUCUGUUUUACGUAUCUGAAUGUCAUCAGCAUGCUGAUGGGUUGUUAGGAGCUGGCCAUGUAAAUAUAGACAGGGUAUUUAGAUCUGUGUAACAUUUAAAAAUUCAGACUUCAUGAACAUACACUCAAAUAUAAAUAAACACAGUAGCUGGUUAAGGAGAAAUGAGAAUGUUAAAAGGUCUUUGAGAAAUAAUAUGAAUAUCUAACGUAUUAUUUAUAGAUCAGGGUGAUAUUGAGUUUAACCUAAUUGUUUAAGGAACCGCAUAAUUCUAUGCAUUGUGGAUCAGUGACUAAGUCCUUAGCUCCCAGCCUUUCUCCCUAUAAGAUGAUUUGGUGGGAGAUGGGAGGCAUGCCAUUUCCCACUUGAGACUUCCUCAUAAGAUAUUUUAUUAUGCUUUGGACUAUUCAUAAUAAAUAUGAAAACCUUCAAAAGAGAAUUAAUUAUAUCACUAUCUCCUUGUGGUUGGCUUUAUUAUACUUCAAAGUUCAUUUAAAUUUUUCAACCAUAUGUGAACAUAAUAUGGUCAAGAAUUCAAAAUGUUAGCCUUAAUUGAAAUAUUUAUAAUGAACUUUACUGGUGAACAUCUCAAGUCAAUGCCUUUUAGACGACCUCAGAGCAUCCCUGGAAAGGGGUGUUAACACUCCCUAAGGACGGGCUGUGCUAGAAAACUCAUGCUCACUGAAUAGCAGCCCUCAGAAUCUGCUGGAAAUUUUCUGACUUGGUCUGAAACAGUUAGAAAAUUUAAAGUCUUAUUCUUAGCUAGAAAACCAGAAGGAAACAUGAAAUUUCCAAACAUUUUCAAGCUUAUCAGAAAUAUAUAGAUACAUACCAAUAUCUUCUCCAGGUUCUGACAGGCCUCCUGGAAACUUCCACACAUUUUUCAGCUGCAGUGCAAGGGAAACACACGGUGUCAUGAUUCACUCUCAUUCUCCUGUUUCUGUCCGCUUCUCCCCUAGCCCACCCACAGCUGCUCACGGUAGCAAAAACUUGUGUUUAGCGAUUCUACUCUAUUUCCCCCAGCUUUCGUAUUACUUCAUCUUUUCUCUUUUGAUGGAGAUGGUGACUGAAGAAAUAGUUUCCUCUUACUCUUCACGAAAUAGAAUUGGUGUUAUUUAGCUAAUGUGAUACAACUUGUAUUAAUGAAACUCUGGAGGGAAGUAUCUAUUAAUUUGUGUACUUUACAGAACCUGGCUGCUAGUUAAAUAUGAACAAAUAGGACCUUACAGAUGCUGCUAUAAGUAGAGUACAGGAGAAAUGUAACCACCGAGGUAUGCUACUCUAGAGUUUUACAUGCAUUUACUGCGUUUUGUUUCUAAUCACAGAUAUUAUUCAAAUUUUCUUCAUGUUAUGAGUUUUGUGUAAAAUGUUAUUGCUUUUUAUGAGUAGUGUGAAUAAAAUUAAUUUGGUUUCUUGGCUAUCA